GCCCCUCCAGUAAGCGGACCGCACUACUUCUCCACUUGGAGUCGGCGGAGGAAUACGAAACGAAAUAGCUCACCGGAAGUGCCGUACUAAUGCCCCGGGAGACUGGCCUGGGCGGCUGGGUGACCCGACCUGUCAAACCCACCCACCUGAGAAUCCCUUAGCGGGAUCUUGCCCGCGAAGAAUGGUAUCCAGAGCCCACAAACCGCCGCCUCGGCGCGUGCAGCGAAAGGAAGUGUUCCUGUGAUAGCCAAUCAGCAGCGAGAAGCCGUUUUAACGUUCCUCCCUCUUUUACCCCCUGCCCUUUAGUUUCGUUCCCCCCACCUUGGCGGUGCGUCUGCGCUGUGGGGCCCUUCCAGGACGCCGUCCACCGCGCGCCCAGUUGGAAGCCAGGCGGCGACCUGCCUCCGUGACAUGGCCGGCUCAGAGGCUGAGUGGAUAACCGUUGCCAAUAACCUUCUUUUGAAAUGCCACAUACACCUGAGGAUACGAGAACUAGAAGAUUGUGAUGCUAAUGUUUUUAUUGCUCUUUACCAAUCCAUUUUGGGAGAAAAGACUGGACAGAGUUUUAAAGAAUCCCAUCAAGGAGAACUUUUGGAAGAGCCAGAAAGUACUAAGGGAUCCAGGUCAUCAUGGAAAAGGGUUUCUUUUGAGAGGUGCUCCUUGUCAUCUGAGGCUUUGGGCCCCUCUUGGGAUGGAGAUGAAACAGAAUCCACCGGUGAAAUAAUUAGACUGGGAGACACAGCACACACCUUUUCUCUAAGAAGUAAUGGUGCCAAAGGCCCUAAUGAAAUGCAGUCCAAAAAAGCCUCAACCAUAUCAUAUGAAGAAGUGCCGCACCCUCCCUUACCUAGUUUUUUGUCCAAGAACAGGACAUCUUUUGUUGAAGACAUGGAAAUUCCUUCUGUGGAUGUGAUUCCAAGUGCUAGGAAGCUAGGGGAGCCUAUUCAAUCAGCUAUUCCUUUACAUCCACCCUACCACCCUUCAGAGCCUCGAGCACCCUGUCCCAUAGGAAAAGAAUACUUGCGUUCAAGUCACAUCUCCUCUGCCAUGAAUUCUACUGGAGAGGGCACAGCAUUUUCUGUGGUAAGUGGAAAAGCUUGCUUACAAUUAGGUAGAAUGCAGCAGUCUCCAAUGUAUAUAGUGUCAGAAAAAUGUGCAUUUGAUAAUAGUGUGCAGAGUAUGGUGCUACUUGUAGAAAAUAAAGCCGUCUCCCAGAGGCCAAGAAAGAGGUUAACAGAACAAGAAUUACAUUCAGUUUCCAAGAAACUCUCUCAACGGCUCUCUGAACUAGAUUGGAUGUUAAAGAGUGCCCUGGGUGAUCGAAUUAAAGAAAAGACUGACUAUGAAGAAGACGAUAUUGGAAAUGAAGAGAUGGAGAGUAGGAAGGAUGAAACACUAUCUCAGCACAGUGACAGCAUCAUGGAGUAUGGGCCGAAGAAUCGAAGGCCAGGACUUUCCACGCGUAGAAGGCCGCCCUGCAGAUCUCACUCGCUCUCUCCAUCUCCACUUAACAAAAACACACAGUUCCAUAAGGAGAGAAAAAGGCAGCGAAAGCCAAAAGAAACAGAUAUUCGGCAAUUCCAAGCAAAGGCAAUAACUGAAGCAUUUGAAAGGGAACUAAGAAGAAAUAAAGUUCAAGAGAAUAUUGGAUCUCUAGGAAUAAAUGAGGAGGAGGAAACAGAAAAAAUAUACAGAGAAGCUGUUCAUAAAGGAACUCCAAAACGCAGUCAGCCCUGGAAGACUUACUCUAGAAAAACCACAACUCCAAGUCCAAGAGGUGGCUUGCCAAAGCCAAAUAAAGCAGUUCCAAUGAAAGUAAAUGAACACAGUCUCCUGCCCCUCAUGCUGGAGCAGUUUCCAUUUCUCUAUGUUUCUGGCCAAACACUAAGCAAAAUGUGGAAACAGCAAAUUACACAGGUUGAACAGCUCAAAAAAGAUGCAUAUAGAGAAAAUCAAUCAAAGAAGAAACUCCAGGAUGAAAUAGAAGAAGCCUUAAAAAGGCAUGACCUCCUUACUGCACUUGUCAAGAAAGAAUAUGAACAUAGCAAGAGACUGCAAGACUUCAAGGACCGCAUUCAUAGGCAGAAGUUGACACAGUCAAAGAUAAUAGAAAAUCGGCAACAGAUUGUCCGUGCCCGAAAAUACUAUGAUGAUUACAGAGUUCAGUUGCGUGCAAAAAUGAUGAGAAUGAGGACCCGGGAAGAAAUGAUUUUUAAGAAAUUGUUUGAAGAAGGUACACUGUAUAAGGUGAAGAGGGAGCUGAGAUCAAAGAUGGAGAAGGAAAUUCAGCAACUGCAGCACAUGAUAACCCAGAAUGACGACGACUCUUUCUUCCGGGAAUUGGAAGCUGAGCGCUUCAGAGCUCUGCUUCAUCUGGCUUCUUUUCAGUACAGUAAAAAUCCCUUCCUCUGAGGCCCGAUUUUAUAAGUGGUUUCUGGAGGACUUGACUAGGACAGAUCUAGAACUGAGCCAGUAAACAAUCUAAACCAGGAGACUUGUUUCUAAAUGCCUAAUGCAUUCCAGUACUUUUUAUGACAAUUUUUUAAAUAAAAAUCAUUUUCUCGAAGUA